CUGUAAAUAUCGCCCGGGGUCAUAUCAACAGAUACAACGACUUCGACUUGCCUUUGAGAUGCACUAAGUUAGUAUAAAAUAGGAGAUUAAGAAAGAACCAUCAUGCUUCGUUUAGGUAUCCGCGACAGAUUCCUUGUCUACGAUAAUCUCGAGAAAUGUCUCAAAAUUGUGGAAAGUAGACGUAAUACCUGCAGCGUGGGUAUAGUGUCAAGAAUCAAGAAGGGAUGGGGAUGUGAUUCGACGUUGCGUUCGAAUUGUUUGAUCGAUUCCACGGCACUUUAUGCAGUCGCGAUUCAGAAGCAAAACCGUCGGCUGUUGUCAACGUCGACUAUUAAUGAAGUCCGGAAAACCUGUCUUUACGAUCUUCACGUGGAAAAACAAGGUAAAAUCGUCAAUUUUGCCGGAUGGCUGAUGCCAGUACAAUAUCAAGAUACGAUCACCGUGUCUCAUCUGCAUACCAGAACGUUGACCUCGCUUUUCGAUGUUGGUCACAUGCUACAAACACGCGUCUCUGGUAAAGAUGCCGGAGAGUAUUUAGAAUCGCUAACCACGUGUGAUCUGAAAAAUUUAAACAAGGGUGCUGCCACUUUGACAAUAUUUACCAAUGAGAAAGGAGGAAUUCUCGAUGAUCUUAUCAUCACCAAAGAUGACGAAGAUAAAUACUUUCUCGUAUCUAAUGCGGGAAGACGGGAUGAAGACAGUCAACUUCUAUUGGAGCGUCAGAAAGACUUUAAAGAAGUUGGUAAAAACGUAUUCGUCGACUUUCUAGAGCCUUUGCAACAGGGUCUGAUAGCUCUUCAAGGUCCUACAGCAGCAACGGUCCUCCAAUCGCUAGUCAAUUUUGAUCUUCAGACCUUAAAGUUUAUGUAUAGCGUGAAAACCGAGAUAUUAGGUAGUCGUAUCAGAAUUUCACGAUGUGGAUACACCGGGGAGGAUGGUUUCGAGAUUUCAGUUCCUGCGAAGGACGCGAUUAAUCUAGUAGAAAAGCUCUUGGAAAAUCCUGACGUAAAAUUAGCUGGUUUAGGAGCUAGAGAUAGUUUAAGAUUGGAAGCUGGACUCUGUCUAUAUGGCAACGAUAUCGAUGAAAAUACAACACCGAUCGAAGCUGCUCUUACCUGGCUAGUAGCGAAACGACGAAGGACUGAAGCCAACUUUCCAGGCGCGCAACAAAUUCUUUCGCAAAUUAAGACAGGCGUUACGAAGAAACGUGUCGGACUCUUACUAGGUCAAGGACCACCUGCCAGGCAAGGCGCAUCGAUAUUGACGCCGGAAGGUGAACGUGUGGGCAGCGUUACUUCCGGUGGACCAAGUCCGACCUUGGGUCGGCCGAUUGCUAUGGGAUAUUUACCGCCGGAUUGGGCACAUAAUGGUAGUGGAGUGUUGAUCGAGAUUCGAGGGAAGACUUACAAGGCCACCGUGUCAAAGAUGCCUUUUGUGAAAACGAAUUAUUACACAGCGAAGUAAUUUCUUGAUUUAAUCGAUGGAAAUUAAUCGAAUCGGACAGAAUUACAAUACAUUGUUAAUGGAUUGCUUAUGCAAUUAUAAGACAUGUAAUAGAUUUCCAUGGAUAAAUUGCAAUUGCACGUAAAUAAUAUUGUAUAUUUUAAACGAUAGAUUUUUCUAAUACUCGUGUUAAACUUGAAAUUACAUAUGUUGAUUUUUAAUUUAAAUUAAUGUCUCGAAUCAUCAAAUCUCUAAAGUGAUCUCUAAAGUUAAAUAUGUUGCUAAGAAAAUUGACUACCCAGAUAACCAAGCUUGAAUAAUUAUAUUAAGAA